GGGAUAGCGAGUCCUGCUGGGGUGAUGGUUUCCAGUCAGUGAUGGUUCUCAACCGCGCACCACUCUCACUUCCUUAUAUAACGUGACCCGCUGCAUCUGCUUCGCGUCCGACCUUCCUCCCCCUUCUCUUCCCCCUCUCAUCCUUCUCUGAUCAUCCAGUUCUCUCCCCUGUCGAUCGUGUAUGGGAACAACCUGAGGUGGAUCCUUCUCACGACGGCGUUGCUCCACUAUCACUGCUUCUCUUAUCCAUUGCAGACAUCCUGCAUUGAAGAUCCUCCUCUGUUAUCUGCCACAGACUCCAACCGUUCGAUCAUCCUCUCAGGAUGAAGGAGAAGAUCGUCGAGCCCACCGUCGCCGUCAGCGACAAUUCCCUGGCGGACGAGACGGCGCCCGAUGAGGUCUUGAAGCAUCUCAAGCAUAUCAAGGAGCAACAUCAGUGGGAUCCCAAUCUCCCUGACGACGUGGUUGAGGAGCUCGAUGAGGCCCUGAACACGGACGACAAGGGCACUCGUGCUGGCGUUGCCCACGAACUUAUGGAAAAUUCGCCCUACGUCGAGGUUCGCUCCGCGGUUCCAAACUACGAUGAAGGUGGACACACAAACACAAUCCGUGCCUGGACUAUUGGCUUGGUGUUCGCGACGCUUGGUUCAGCUCUCAACAUGCUGUUUUCUAUGCGCCAGCCAUACAUCGUCAUCCCCUCGUACGUGAUCCAGGUCGUCGCCUACCCGGUUGGGGUGGCUUGGUAUAAGGUAAUGCCCAGCAAGCAGUUCAAGUUCUUUGGCAUCGAUUGCAACCUCAACCCUGGACCGUUCAGCAAGAAGGAGCAUGCUCUUAUUGUCAUCAUGUCCAAUGCUACCUUUGCUGGUGGUGCUGCUUAUGCGACGGAUGUGCUGCUCGCUCAGAGAGCCUUCUACAAGCAGCGGUUCAGUUGGGCCUUUGAGCUUCUGUUGUGCAUAUCUACCCAGACUCUAGGAUUUGGCUUGGCUGGUUUCUUCUAUCGGUUCCUUGUCACGCCAGCCGCCAUGAUCUGGCCCUCUACCCUCAUUAACUCUGCGCUCUUUACUGCUUUGCAUGAUCGCUCAAAGCCCGAUCCACGAAAGGUUUCCGGAUGGACAAUUGGAAAGUACCGUCUCUUUCUGUACUGCAUGAUCGGAUCAUUCGUUUGGUACUGGUUCCCCGGAUACAUUGCUCCGUUCUUGAGUGCCUUCGCUUUCAUCACCUGGAUCAAGCCCCAGAACCCGGUCAUCAACCAGCUCUUUGGUGGUUGGACCGGGCUUUCCCUCGUUCCCAUCACUUUUGACUGGACACAGGUCUCUGGUUUCAACUUCAGUCCCCUGAUCUCUCCGUGGCAUGCGCACAUGAAUACUCUGAUUGGUAUGGUGAUAUUUUUCUGGAUCACCACAAUGGGCCUGCACUAUAGUGGUAUGUGGUACGGCAAGUACUUGCCCAUUAGCGACUCGAACAGCUACGACAACACUGCCCACCGGUACCAAGUGUCUAAAAUUCUCACCCCAAACUAUGAGUUUGAUCAAGCCAAGUACGAACAGUAUUCGCCCCUUUUCCUGUCCACCACAUUCGCUCUGAGCUAUGGUUUGAGUUUUGCUUCCAUGAUCGCCGUACUCCUUCAUACUGGGCUCUUUCAUGGAAAGGAGCUGUGGGCCCGGUUCCGCAAGUUCGGUGAGGAGGAGGAAGACGUCCACGGGCGUCUCAUGUCCCGAUUCAAGACCGUCCCAUUGUGGUGGUAUGCCGUGCUUUCACUGGUCAUGAUCGCAAUGGGCCUAGGCGUUGUACUGGGCUAUCCGACUCAUUUGUCCUGGUGGGCCUUUUUCGUCUCCUUGAUCGUCGCCGCUGUGUGGUUUGUGCCCAUUGGUCUCGUACAGGCGACGACCAACAUUCAGAUCGGACUGAACGUCAUUACGGAGUUCAUCAUUGGUUACAUGCAGCCGGGACGCCCUAUGGCGAUGAUGCUCUUCAAGACCUACGGGUACAUUACCAUGUCGCAGGGCCUGUAUUUUUGCCAGGACAUGAAGCUGGGUCACUACAUGAAGCUCCCGCCUCGCGUGACCUUCGCCGGACAGUUGGUCGCCUGUUUGUGGUCCUCGAUCGUCCAAAUAUGCACGAUGAACUGGGCACUUGGAGCAAUCAACAACGUCUGCGACCCAGAACAGGCCAACCACUACAGCUGUCCCAACGGCCGCGUAUUCUUCAAUGCUUCCAUCAUUUGGGGUGUCAUCGGCCCCUCCCGCAUGUUUUCUCCCGGUCAGAUAUAUUCCGGCCUCAUGUGGUUCUGGCUCGCUGGCGCCAUUUUGCCCGUCGCCAUCUACCUCGGGGCUCGCUACUGGCCUAAGAGUCCCAUCCGGUACCUCAGCGCGCCCGUCAUCUUCGGUGGUGCAGGACUGAUUCCCCCUGCGACACCACUGAACUACAUCAGCUGGGGUAUCGUAGGUCUUGUGUUUAACAGAUACAUCCGCAACCGUUUCCGCGGAUGGUGGAUGCACUACACCUACGUUUUGUCAGCAGGAUUGGACGUCGGCCUGGCGCUGUGCACCAUCCUGAUCUUCCUCACACUUCAAUUGACUGACACGAGUUUCCCAAGCUGGUGGGGUACCAACAUCGCCGCGGACACCAUGGAUGCCUCUGGUAGCGCCGUCCAGGUUGUGUUGCCAGACGGUGAGAAGUUCGGUCCCACCUCUUGGUCUUGAUGCCGUGCACAGUGCACAUCGACUCAGAACAUGCGACCUGUUUAAAUACAGGUGGAGCAGUGUUUGUCUGAGCCGUGAGGAUGUUUGUGGAGGCUCUGUAGUGUUCUUGUUUGGUUGUUAUGUCGUCCUGCUGGGACUGGACAUGCAACCCAUGGCAAUGAUAAUAAUGUGAUGACUUACGUUAAUGGUUGUAUGGAGCUAGUUCAGGGUCAUAAUACUCAUAAUCUGACAACAACUUAAGC